UAAACGUACACAUAGUUGUAUUAAACAUCAUGAACUACACCAGAACAGGAUGAAUUGAUGGCGAUGUUCACAGUAUCUGCAGCUAGUUGAAAUGGUUUGCUGAUUGUGCAAAACAAAAAGAUCUGAGAGUGUAUCUGAGAUAGCAUCAGAUGCUGAGACCACGUGACCUUAAUUUCUCUGCUUUACGAGAAGCCGACACUCAGAGGUUUUCAAAGAGGGCAAAUAGACAACUGCGACCUCCCAACUACAUUAUUGCUAUUAUUUCUAUAACAAUUUUUUGUUGUCGCUAUACUUAAUAUUCCUUUUAUACUUAAAUGUUGAAUGCCUGAGUUUUUUUAAAUAAAGAUUAAAACCCCAUCAGUUUAGAGUUUCUUUUGACUGCUAAACUUAAUUAAUUUCAAUCUGUUGUCCAACUUUUCUUUCUGGCGUCUUGGGGGGGGGACACCACCAACACUGUUUACAGUGGGGAGGGUUUGCUGUUGACCUCAACUCGAAAUGUUGGGGGUCGGUGGGCAGAGUACUUCGAAGACCUCCUCAAUCCACGUUUUUCACGAAUGCAGAAAGUUAAUUGUGUGCCAAAAAGACAUGGCUCUCUUUGCUCUGCAGAGAGGUGUUCAGUGGGAUUAUUCAGUCAAAGAUGUCUGAAAGAUAUGCCAACAUUGCAGCCCAGAGGAUGGAGAAGAGACGAGCAUUCCUGGCACGUGAUUUAAUUGCUUUUAAUUUACUGCCUCAAUGUUGAGGGGUUUACCCACUUUAGUUAUGCAUAAAGCCACAUGAUAUGAUGCUUUAGAUGUCUUGUCAUUUACAAUGGUAACAGUAUGAACUACUUUCUGCUGUGAGCCCAGAUCAUUUAGCCUCCUUUUGCUUGGCCCAGACUCUGUCUCUUCACCCACCACCGGUUUAGGUACAAAAAAUCAAUCUAUUUUGUUUCUGACAGGCUAGCUGAAGUUGGCUAAAUGCCUGCAGUUACUUUUUCAAGUUUAUUUUUUCCGUCUGUCGUACCCCCCCUGAAAAACUCUGAAGGUCCACACUUUGAAAUGUCCUGGUCUAGCUGGAUGUCCUUAUUAAAGGAUUAAUAAGAUAAACAAACACAAGGACGCUGUCAGAUAGAAGGGGAGGUUGUUCUUCUCCUGGCACCUCAGGUGAAACACAAAGAUCCAUUAGGCCCAGUUUGCAAAAGAUUUUGGGAAAAAGAAAGCUUUUGAGUUCUUAGGUGUCUAAGAUUAAGUGGGAGAGCCCUGUCAGUAUCUAGAAGCAAAUUUUCUCUUUAUUUUACAAAUGACUGCUUAUCAGCUUUCUUAUCUGAAAGUUGUUUCCUUAAACUUAUUUUAUCCACUUCCUUUUCUUAGCACUUCCUCUUCAUCUACAUUUAUAACAGACAAUAAGGUUUCUCUCUGUCUGAUAGCCACCAUGUUCAGCCUAAAGCAAGCAGCUCUGCUCGUCAUUCAUCUGUUAAAAAUCCAGAAUGUCUUUCAAGUAUCAGCGACUGAAAUACAUCGGAAUAUGUUGGUGUCCAGCGGUGACCCGGUCACGUUCACUUGCAACAUAUCUGAGAAUUCCACAGUGCUAAUCCAUUGGACCAGCGGCAGAUAUUAUUUUACAUAUUCCCGCUCGCUAAAUCAGACAAAAUCAAAUUUCUCUUCUGAAAGAGUGAAAAUAGACUCCAACAUACCUUCCAAGCUCUGCAUCUUUAGAGCUCAACGUGAUGAUGCAGGACUUUAUACAUGUACUAUAACUGAUGGAGGAGGAUAUCACAAAAUCACAUGGGAUUUAACUGUAUCUAAGCAAGAAGGUACUCGUUUCUUAAAGUAUGUUUGGUUCAUUCUAUCACCUGCCAUUGGAUUGCUUUUAUGUUGCAUCACAUCGGCUUUCUGCCUCUGCAGGAGAAAAAAUGCGACUGGAAACCAAGAUCUGGACCUGAACAACAGCAGAAUCUUGAGUUGUGUCGUGUAUAACGUUCAGCUUGAAGAAAAGGCAGUUCCUUCACAGAUUAAAAUGACUGCAAUGUAGAGGAAAACUGACAAACUGGACUUAGACGCAUAUCGAUCACCAGAUCAGAACAACGUGAUAUAUGUUGUUUUGCAUUGCACACAAUGCUAAGCCCAUCUUUAUUUCUGUGUGAAGUUCUUGCAAAGAGUUUGUUUUUGUCGUCUUGCCUGCCUUUCUCCAGCAUGCUCAGCAUCAGUCAUUGCGACGUGUCAAACUCUAGUCCUUGGGGGCCGUUGUCCUGCAAGUAUUGGAUGUAUCACUGAUCCAGUGCACCUGAAUCAAAUAUAUACAUUACCUCUUCAAAUUGCAAUCAAGUUCUACUCAGUCCUGCUAAUCACCUGAAUCAUUUGAUUCAGAUGUUUUGCAGCAGAUAUGCAUCUAAAGGUUGCAGGACACUGGCGCUGAAGUUUUUAAUCCCUGAGUCAGGGGUUUUCUUCAAGCGUGUAACCUGGCUCCAAAUCCAAAGUGAGAAGACUUGGGAAAACCCAAAAGCCACUACCUGGAGAGGUCAGUGGCUAUCUCUACCGCCAAGAGAGGUUCUGAUGCAGAACUAUAGAGCAGGAAUUUAUCAAUCAGAGGAAGAACUAGUUUUAAAAGUGUAAUGUAUCUUUAUGUUCCACUGUGUAACAUUUUCUCUGUUCUGGUCUAUAAAACCGUCAGUACAAUUUCUACAAAUGUUGUUCAUAACUGAAAUAAAAUAAUCUGACUUUUGACUUUAUCUGAGCGCCAACCUAAAAUCAGUAAAUUUCAGUUUAAAUUAGUUUUAGUAUUUGUCCAGCAGAGGGCAUGUGUGAGUUUCCAGGAUAAUUCUGAUAAGGCACAAUCAAUUAAAAGAGCAAUUCACUUAUUUUAAAAAGCAGUUCAAAAUUGGGUUUGUGGGGCUAUAAUAGGAAGGCAGUACCCUAUAUAUUUGGUGUGGAAAAUAAACUUGAUGAAUAUUAUAUGAAAUUAGACUGGACUGAGGCUCUGUGGAGAUCCAGUUAGUUGUUAGCACAACAGUUGUGGGAAAGAUGGGAAUUUUGAGUUUGUUUUUUAUUUCCUAAAGCUUCAAAACUCUCUAUCUACUGGUAUAAUAUAAUCUAAUUCACUGAGCAGUAAAAAAACAAUAAACAAGCAGAGCAGUUUUUUUUUUUUGACUCAAAAUUAUGCGCCAUUUUGUUUUCUUUUUGACUCUUCUUAUUUGUGUAAAACACUUGUAAAUGUAUUAUUUUUAGAGUUUCAUUAAUAACCUUUGUACAUUCUUUUAAAGCAGUAUAAUUUAAUUCCAUUAUGUUAUUUAAAGGAACAUUUCUUUUGUUCAUCUUUCCAUUUGCUUUUGCUAACACAAUUUGGUCUGUAUUUGUAUGUAUAAAAAGUGAAAUUAAAUAAACAUGUACACUUACAUCUGA